AUGCCGUAUCAAUUCGUGUAUUACCCGCUAAGCAAGCAACCUAUUUCUAUUUGGUGCCGAGCCGAUUACACCAUUUUCAUUCCUUUUUAUCUCUUUUUAUUCUUAUGUCUCAGUUUCCGCAGUUUCUUUCGAUUUCUGUAUAUUGCUUAUUUCUUUCUUUCUUUGUUUCUUUCUUCAAAUUUGCUUCUUUUUUAUUUCAUUCUUUUCUUGAUACUUUCUUUAUUUUCAUCUUUCUCUUUCUUUUAUAUUAUUUUUCUGUUUGUUUAUUUUGGUUACUUCUUUCUUUCUUUUUUCUCGCUUCUUUUAGUCUUAUUUCAUUCCCUUUCUUUCUUUUUUAUCUACACGGAUUAUUCUUAUUUCUUUCCGUUUCUUUCUCUUUUUAUCUAUACGGAUAAUGUCAUUUGUCUUUUCAUUGUUUCUUUCUUUCUUUCUUUCAUUUAUCUUGCGUCUUUAAUCUUAUUUCAUUCCGUUUCUUUUUUUAUCUACACGGAUUGUGUCAUUUGUCUUUUCUUUCUUUCUCUCUUUCUUUCUUUCAUUCUUUCUUUUAUCUUGCUCCUUUUAGUCUUAUUUCAUUCCGUUUCUUUCUUUUUUUAUCUAUACGGAUUAUGUCAUUUGUCUUUUCUUUCUUUCUUUCUUUCUUCUUUUUUUUAUCUUGCUCCUUUUAGUCUUAUUUCAUUCCCUUUCUUUCUUUUUUUAUCUACAGGGAUUAUGUCAUUUGUCUUUUUCUUUCUUUCUUUCUUUUCUUUCUUUCUUUCUUUCUUUCUUUCUUUAUCUUGCUCCUUUUAG